GAUCCAACUCUCAACAUGUCUCCACCUCUGUUCACGUCUGCUGCUGCAUUCUGUCUGUAUUUUUCAUAUCUAGCAGCGGCUGUUAAAUUUCAGCAGUCUCCCUCGAUAAUAGUGAACCAAGGUGUUAGCGUGUCUAUAGAGUGCAACCAUGACGACAGUUCCCUCACUGUUAUGCUCUGGUACCAGCACCAGCUGGACACUCAGUCUAUGAUGUUAAUAGGAUACCAUUAUGGAACUGACAACUAUGAGAAAGAACUUGAAAAGCAGUUUAAGAUAGAGAGAUCCUCUGUGAAGACCAGCUCUCUAACAGUGCUCAGUACAAGCCCCUCACACUCGGCUGUGUACUUCUGUGCAGCCAAUGCAGAAGCUAUAACAUUUGAGCCAUCUCACCCCAGGAUAGUUAAUAACUCCACAGAAGUAGAGAUCGAUUGUCACCAUGACAGCAGUGAAAUGUACGUAAUGCUUUGGUACAAACAACUCCAGGACGGACAGAUGAAGUUAAUUGUUUACAGCUACUUUGGCAGUGACCCUGUAUUUGAGAAAGACUUUUUGAAAAGGAUGAAGAGAACAGACAGGCAGACAGGAGCUCUGAUCAUCUCCAAUGUGGAGCCCAAUGACUCUGCGAUGUAUUUCUGUGCUGCCAAGGCAGAAGCUAUAACAUUUGAUCCAUCUCAUCCCAGGAUAGUUAAUAACUCCACAGAAGUACGGAUCAACUGUCACCAUGACGAAAGUGAUAAGAAUGUAAUGCUUUGGUACAAACAACUCCAGGACGGACAGAUGAAGUUAAUUGUUUACAGCUACUUUGGCAGUGACCCUGUUUUUGAGAAAGACUUUUUGAAAAGGUUUGAGAUGAAGAGAACAGACAGGCAGACAGGAGCUCUGAUCAUCUCCAAUGUGGAGCCCAAUGACUCUGCGAUGUAUUUCUGUGCUGCCAAUUUCUGCCUUGCUGUGCAUAUCAAACAACUUCCAUUUGUGCAGAGCUAUACAAAUUUUAUUGCAUCUUUUCAUUGCUCUCAUCAUCACAAAGACCACCAUUACAUGUACUGGUAUAAACAGAGUGCUUCAGAGGGCAUGACAUUGGUGGCAUAUUCUGCUGGAAAAGAUACAGCCACUUUUGAGAGCACUCAGCACAAAUCCAGUGGCUGUGGAAGUUUACUCAACAAGGAGCCCUCUGCACAGGGAGCGGUGGUCGGCUGCGGCUGUCACGGUCUGUCAUGUGGGCUCCUGGUGGAUCUCUCUGCUGGGCCUGUGGUGAUUCCUGGUGGCGGAGGACGGCUCUCUGCUCCUGGUGCAGAUGGCUCCACUGAUGGUGCGAUUGUUUUCAUGGUGGGGACAGGGGGCACCGUGAUACAAUCCUAUAGAGACGCCAUACAAAAACCUGAAUGGAUUCAGUUUGACAAAGAAGAAGCAGAAGAGGAGGGAGAGAGAUUUUCAGUGUCAGUUUUGAUCUUCACCAACAACACUGUGGCCAGCACUCAGCCUGCGUACUUUGGACCAGGCACCAGGCUCAUGGUACUAGAACCCAACACUGAAAUCAAAGAACCACAAGUGAAAAUCUUCAAACCAUCAGAUAAAGAAGGUCCGAAAACCAAGACCCUGGUUUGUGUGGCCAGUGGAUUCUACCCGGACCACGUCACUGUUACUUGGUUCAUUAAUGGAGAUGAAGCUGAAAAUGGGGUAUCUACAGACAGCGCCCCCCAGAGGGAAGACAACAAGAAUUACACCAUCACCAGCCGACUCCUGAUCCCUAAGGCAGUGUGGUACAUCCCGCACAACACUUUCAGAUGUGAAGUGCAGUUUGUCAACAGGUUUAAUGUCACAAAGCAUGCUGAUGAAAUACAAGGAGAAAAGGACAUCUUACGUGAAAAAUACAUGAAGACCACUCAAGCUGGCAAACUGUCGUACACUGUUCUGAUCAUCAAAGGGCUCAUCUAUGGAGUGUUUGUGGGGGCUCUAGUCUGGAAACUUCAGGGAACAACUGGGAAACAGUGAAAGAAGUGGAGCUCGUGGAUUAAAUGUUAUAUUUUAGAUUAUUAUAGAUUAUAUAUUAUGUUUCUGUUUGUGAAAUAGAUAGUCUAAUGCAUGUUUAUGUCUGAAUACUGAAUAGAAAGAGUUAAACAGCUUUUUGAAUGAUAAUGUUUCCUUUUUCUUUACCAAAGAUGGUGCACAUCUGCCAAAUUAGACAAUAUAGACUUGAGAAGAAAUGAGAUGUAUCAUAAAAUCUAGGUGUAAAGUCCUGAUGAUGGGCUGUGAACUCUGUCAAAUUAUCAAAGUAAGUCAUUUGUGUUUGGUUGAAAAAAGUAAAAAUGCCUUAUGUCUUGUAUAAUCUAUGGAUCUUUAAGUGUAUCUGUUUCGUUGCUCAAUCAAAAUACUUUGAGCUCAAUCCCUGAUAUACUGAUAAUGUUAAAAUGUAAAUAAUGUAUCCUUGUGAUUUAUGCUGUAUUGAUACAAAUAAAUGUUUUGCAUGUAA